GCAGUGAUUCAGACAAAGAGUGUCGCUGACGUUGUGAGGUUGUGCUUCUCGCAAAAGAUCGCACAACCAUUCACAUUUUUUGUGCAUAAAAAAUAUUACAAAAAUCCCCAAAAAAAAUAUAAAAAUCAAAAAAUUCAUCAAAAAAAUCGAAAAAGUGAAAAAGUAGAGUUGCAAGUGUGUAGAGCUUUCUUUAUUUACUUUCACCCGAGGGAGAAAAAUCCCAUGGAAAAUCGUUUGUAAAAAUAUAAUUUUUUCAUCGAUAGGCGAAAAAGUAGCUACGUGUGCGGAGGACUGGAUAGGACUAUCUUUUCCAAUUGGCAAUUAUAACCGAGGAAGUGCACUAAACAAGGCGAUAAGUGAAACUCAUACUGCUAAGUGAAAGUGUACAGCAGAAAAAAAAAUCGAAAAAUGAAUCCUGGAGGUCCUAAUUACCAAAUGGCGUCUUUGUAUGUCGGCGAUUUGCACGCAGACAUUACCGAGGCAGUUCUGUUCGAAAAGUUCUCAUCGGCUGGUCCCGUGCUUUCGAUCCGUGUUUGCCGCGAUGUGGUCACUCGCCGUUCUCUUGGUUAUGCUUACGUCAACUUCCAGCAACCCGCAGAUGCUGAACGCGCUCUGGAUACAAUGAACUUCGAUAUAUUAAAAGGACGGCCAAUUCGUAUUAUGUGGUCCCAGCGAGAUCCUUCGUUACGCAAAUCUGGUGUUGGUAAUGUGUUCAUCAAGAACUUGGAUAAAAAUAUUGAUAACAAGGCCAUGUACGAUACGUUCUCCGCGUUUGGUAACAUUCUUAGUUGCAAAGUAGCCCAAGACGAAAAAGGAAAUUCCAAAGGCUACGGAUUUGUGCACUUUGAAACAGAAGAAUCCGCCAAUACAUCUAUCGAUAAAGUCAAUGGUAUGUUACUAAACGCCAAAAAAGUUUUUGUUGGACGUUUCAUCCCACGAAAGGAACGCGAGAAGGAAUUGGGAGAAAAGGCAAAACUGUUUACAAAUGUUUACGUUAAAAACUUUGGUGAUGAAUUAAAUGACGAAUCGCUGAAGGAAAUGUUUGAACAGUACGGAACAAUUACCAGUCACCGUGUAAUGACCAAGGAAUCCAAGAGUCGUGGAUUCGGUUUUGUUGCUUUUGAGAACCCGGAAUCAGCUGAACGUGCUGUUCAGGAGCUAAACGGAAAGGAACUCAACGAUGGUAAGAUUUUAUACGUUGGCCGUGCUCAGAAAAAGAAUGAGCGUCAAAUGGAAUUGAAACGCCGUUUUGAACAACUAAAGAUGGAACGUUUGACACGCUAUCAAGGCGUUAAUCUGUACGUGAAAAAUUUGGAUGAUUCGAUUGAUGAUGAACGUCUACGUAAGGAGUUCUCUCCAUUUGGAACAAUCACUUCAGCCAAGGUAAUGUUGGAAGAAGGACGUUCCAAAGGAUUCGGUUUUGUAUGUUUCUCUGCUGCUGAAGAAGCUACUAAGGCAGUAACUGAAAUGAACGGACGAAUUGUUGGUAGCAAACCAUUAUAUGUUGCAUUGGCACAACGUAAGGAAGAUCGUAAAGCUCAUUUGGCUUCACAGUAUAUGCAACGUAUGUCCAACAUGCGUAUGCAGCACAUGGGACAAAUAUUCCAGCCAGGCGGCAACGGUGGUUAUUAUGUUCCAACUAUUCCUCAACCGCAACGAUUCUUCGGAAAACAGGUCAGCCAGAUUCGUACAACACCAGGCUGGUUCCGGGCCAAUGCUAACCAGAAUGCGGUGGCUGCCAAUGCUGCAGGUGGUGCUUAUCCAACAAUGGCUGCUGCUACUGCUGGAAAUCAGUACCGUCAAGCCGGAAAUGUGCGUGCCAACCAGCAACAGGCACAAAACGCGCAAGCAGCACAGGCUGCCUCCGCUGCUAUGAGAAAUGCGGCUCGUCCGAUUACUGGUCAACAAGCCGGAGCCAACAUGCAAACCCGACCUGUCGCUCCGCAAAUGACCGCCAAUCAGGCGCGUACUGCUAAUUACAAAUACACUCAGAACAUGCGCAAUCCGCCAGCUGCCACUGUUGCAAUUCCAGCUCAACCAGUGGCUCAGCAAGCUGUCCACGUUAAAGGACAAGAACCGCUUACGGCAACUAUGUUGGCAGCUGCGCAGCCCGCUGAGCAGAAACAAAUGCUGGGUGAGCGUUUGUUCCCGUUGAUCGAGCCAAUGUAUCCGUCAAUUGCUGGUAAGAUUACUGGAAUGUUGUUGGAAAUUGACAACUCGGAGCUGGUGCAUAUGCUUGAACAUAGUGAAUCACUAAAGGCCAAGGUCGACGAAGCCGUUGCCGUGCUACAUGCUCAUCAGCAGAAGUCUCAACCGCAGUAAAAUUUAAUCAACAGAAGUUAGAAAAGAGCAGUAAGUUAGAUGCGACUAAUAUCAUUUAAUCGAGCGUCGUGGAUUAAUCAGUUCUGAGCAAAUUUUCUUCAUCGUUAGGUUAUCAGAAAUCGUCAAAUUACAAAUUUCUCGCUCAGUGGAAUAAUUAUUAUCAAUCCCACAAAGGCACCAACAAAAACACUAUUUUAUUUCCCGACGUAUACUAAAUUGAAAACCGGUCAGUUUCAUAGAACGAGAAAAAAUUAAUAUCGACAGAGGUUGUUGGAAAACAAAGUUCUCCAUUACAUAUUUUCACAUUUUUGCAAAUUCCUGGCUAGGAAAAUUAAUUUGAUUCUUACUAUUUACUAAUUUAAUGGUAGCUUGCGAGCACAGAUGUAAGGGAAACUAUAAUGCUUUGGAAAAUUUUUAGCAAUUUUCGGAACAUCAUAAAUUAUUCUGAUCGGGUAACAUUGAAUGAAUCAUACCUUGUAGUCGCACUAAACUGAAUUCAAGAAAAUAUAAACUACUGUUGACAGAAUGAAGGUCAAACUACUGAGAUUUGAGCGUAUCAUUUUUUGCUUUUUAAAUAGAAUAUGAUUUUUUUGGUUUUUUGGUUUAUUACAGAAAAAUAUAAAAAAAUACAAAAAAAUAGAAAAUAUUUAUAAAAUAUCAAAAAAGCAACAUAAACAUAAUAUAUGAUUUAAAAAAAUACAAAAAAAUUGAAAAAAAUGUAGAUUGCAUACAGUAGCGUGGUCGCGACGUUUGCCUUGUAAUUGUCUUACGAAGAUUAUUUGCGCAAUUUCGCUGCUGAGGCAAUCCCCUAUGAAAAUGAAUAUAAGAAAUACUAUUAUCUUUGAAAUAAAAAUAAAAACAUGUAAAAGAGAAGAUAGGAGAUGGAAAAUAAGUAAAACAUAAAAAAAUUCCCACAUUCAAAUGAUCACAACAGAUGCGACAGUCUUAGGAAAAGUGAUGAAAAGCCUUGGAAAAUCACAAAAAAAAACUGCAAAACAAAUCUAAAAUCCAGACAAAAAAUUGAUCAAUAUCUAGCAAAAGAAAGAGGAUUAUAAUAAACAGCACUCAACUUUCUUUGUACACUGAAACGUAGUCUCGGGCUUGUGGAUUUUUGUAAUCGCCCGAAAUCAAACAAACGAUAGCAGCUUGAUUAGUUAGUGCGCUUGUUUCAUGUGUAAAGUUAUCCAGCUGAUGUACAUCGAACUGCGGGAGAACUUCGUAAAAACAAUUUUUAAUUGCUUGCGUGCUUUUGAACUAACAUUUUCACAGAAAUAGAAAUCAGUGGUUGCCGAUAUGUUGGGAUAUCUAAUCUUAUAAAGAUAUGUACUAUUGUUUGCUAAUCAACAUUCGUUACUUUGAAACUAUUAUCGAUCGAAUAAGUGACCGACUACAUAUAUUCGUAUCAAACUUUUUAUCAUCUCUAACGACACAAUAUAUGGCUUAUGACACUUAACGGGGUAACAUCAUCUAGCUCCGCUCGUUUAAUUUGUUGCGCAGUAUGUGUCCGAACACUUACUCGACUUUUGAUAGCUUUUCAACGCGAAUACUACGGUAUAUUAUAAAUUGCUACUAACAAAAUUUGCAUGCAAGUUAAUUAAUUGACGAUUGCAUGAAAUGGUGAUGUUUUGAAGUUUGCUCUUUUCGUUACGUUUUCAUUAGUUUUCAAUAAUUCUUGUAUUUCUAUUAAAACAAAUAUACUUGGCUUCUCAGAACUUAUAACGCCAAUAAUUCUGAGAGCUUUUCGAUAGACGUUGAUGGAAUUACACAUGUUCGAAGAAUGUCUCAAUUCAUCCAAUUUGUUUUAUUUUUAAUCCUUAACAAUUAAUGUUCACAAUACCAUCUAGUGACAAGGAUUGAGACUUCCAUAUUGACGUCAUUGCCUCUCGUAAUCAAUUGUAUGCGCAUCAUCAAAUAAUGAAUAUUCAACCAUGUGCAUACUUAUUUUUUAUAUUUCUAUAAAUCAAGCAUAAUGUUUUUCUAUUUUUUUAAAAUAAUCAUCAAAUUACCGAAUCACCGUCAAAUAUGAGAAAAUAAGCAAAUUAUUUAUAUAAUAUAUACGAUUUAUAUAUGCUGAGUUAAUUCAAAUAUCGGCCAUUUUCACAAAAAUAUGAUGUUAGAUAAAGAUAUUUGAUUUAUUAUGAUUCCACGUAUUGCUUCUAGUUCAGAAAAAAAGAUGAUCGUAUAAAAGUAAUAAAACUUACAUAUUGUUGUACUGUAUUGGUUUUCGUUUCGGUUUCUUAUAUCUUGAAUAUCAAUAAAAUUUUCUCUUUCUGUA